UAGCCAGUUAAACUUUUGGCAGAUGCAUACCAUCAAAUGAAUCCAACCAAGACACACACAACACACACUACACACGUUGCUUAAGAGAGAGGUGAAAAUUCCGCCAUUUCUCAUCAUUAAAUAAACUCAAGCAAUCAUUUUUAUUAACCUCAAUCACACAUGGCUUCUUCCUAUGUUUCCUAAAUCCCACUUUCUUCCUUUCCUUCACCAUUUUUUUGUUUUUCUAAACUUUUCUUGAGGUUGAAUCACAUGCUCUCCUCUCUCUACAUUUUCUAUUUGAUAAUUUUUUUAUUUGACUGAGCACUCCAAAGAGAUUCUUCCAGAUCUACAUUGAAAAGUUUUUAGGCCGUGGAUGAGAUUAUAUAGCCUUUUGUUGUUCUUCAAGAAGAGAGUGCCCAUUAAUUUCUUGUCAAAAGGCUUUCUCUGAUAUUAUUACACCAAACAUAAGGCUGAUUCGAGGCGAAUAUAGACAUAAAAAAAGAUGUUGAUGCUUGAUAGAACUACAUCAUUGUCUUAGUUGAGACAGAAUCACAGAGAAGAAUGGGGUGUGAGAUGAAGAGCGAUCAGCCCGAGGAUUUGGACGUUGUGCUGACCUCAAUGUGGCCGGAGGACAUGAAUGAAGCCGGUAGGCAGUUCAACGUGGAGAGGCCCGGGGGAGAUCAAGACAUGUUGGAGGAGGUCACCAUCAACAAAGAGCCCAACAUAGUCGAUUUCCAGAGGCUGAUGGAGCUCACAAACUACAGUGACAAGGGUAACUGGCAGCUGGCCAAGUUGGUGAAGAAUUGGGAGUUCAAGCAGGCGAACGUCGUGCGCCUCUUGAGAGAGGAGCUCGACCAGCUCAGCAAGCAGCAGCAGGAAGUGGAGCUCAAGAAGCUCGAGAUAUUGGAGGAGCAUCGCUUUGAGAAGGACGGAUAUGGUGGGGACAAGCGCCAUAUCUCCAUUCUUGAUGAGAAUCUGAGGUAUCUGUACCAAGAUGCUCCCAAGAGGAGGAAGGACGACGUCGUCUCCCAAGGGGAGAUUGUGGCUAUAGACGCGGAGUAUGACAGCGUUGUGUACUGGAAGCAGCGAGCAAUGCAUCUUGAGAAGCUUCUGGAAGCUAGCCUUCAAAGGGAGCAAGUGUUGGUGGAGAAAUUGCAAGAGAGUAUAGAUAGUUUGGAGAGGCAGUCGACUCCCGUGGAGGAGCUGUCUCAGGUCUUGAAGAGAGCCGAUAACUUCUUGCAUUUCGUCCUCCAAAACGCCCCUGUUGUUAUAGGCCACCAGGAUAAGGAUAUGCGGUAUAGGUUCAUCUUCAAUCACUUCCCGAGCUUGGGAGAGCAGGACAUCAUAGGCAAGACGGACGUGGAAAUUUUCACUGGCGCUGGUGUGAAGGAGUCCCAAGACUUCAAAAGAGAGGUUUUGGAACGCGGAUUGCCUGCAAAGAGGGAGAUCACGUUUGAAACGGAGCUGUUUGGUUCGAAGACUUUCUUGAUCUACGUGGAGCCUGUUUUCAGCAAGGCAGGAGAGACCAUUGGUGUGAAUUACAUGGGAAUGGAAGUUACUGAUCAGGUCAGGAAAAGGGAGAAGAUGGCAAAACUUAGAGAGGAGAUUGCUGUGCAGAAGGCCAAGGAGACAGAGCUUAACAAGACGAUCCAUAUCACAGAGGAGACAAUGCGCGCGAAACAAAUGCUGGCGACAAUGUCUCAUGAGAUUAGGUCUCCUCUCUCCGGAGUUGUGAGCAUGACGGAGAUUCUUGCAACCACUAACCUCGAUAAAGAACAAAGGCAGCUGUUGAAGGUGAUGUUGUCUUCUGGAGAUUUGGUUCUUCAGCUUAUCAACGACAUCCUCGAUCUCUCCAAGGUGGAGUCAGGAGUUAUGAAACUGGAGGCGGCCAAGUUUAGGCCGAGGGAGGUAGUGAAGCACGUGCUCCAGACAGCAGCGGCGUCACUACAGAAACUACUCACAUUAGAAGGACAUGUAGCAGAAGAUGUCCCAAUAGAGGUUAUCGGAGAUGUGCUAAGGAUUCGACAGAUUCUUACCAACUUGAUCAGUAAUGCCAUAAAAUUCACUCAUGAAGGAAAAGUUGGAAUAAAUCUGUAUGUGGUUCCAGAGCCGAGCGAUGUAAACGAACAAGGCUCGGAGAAGAAGUCUCGAGAUCAAUCGAGUCUUUCAGCCAAUACUAAUGGCAAUGGACAUGCUGAUAACAGCCCUUCCUGUGAAGAAUCCGAGCUCAACAGCACGUCCUGUGACCAAAACGGUGAUCAAAUGGAUCAAGACAAGGAGAGUCGAACGAAGGCUGAGGAACGAGUAGUAUGGAUCCGCUGUGAUGUCUACGACACUGGCAUUGGAAUACCUGAGCAUGCUAUGUCGACUUUGUUCAAGAAAUACAUGCAAGUUGGGGCGGAUACAGCUCGGAAGUAUGGUGGGACAGGAUUAGGCCUUGCAAUCUGUAAACAACUGGUUGAGCUCAUGGGAGGAUAUCUGACAGUGUCAAGUGUCGAGCAACACGGCUCUACUUUCACGUUCGUGCUGCCUUACAAGGUCUCAUCCGCCUCUGAUUCUGAUGACACGGACGAGCUAUCUGAUACGGACCAGCUAGGCGAUGAUGGCUAUGACGAUGAUCUGAACUCAGGCGUGUUCCUCUUCCCGCCUCGGACUUUGGGGACUUUGUUCUCGUCCCAAAUCAACGGAAGGAUUCCCAAGCUCUUGCCAAACAGCUAUGGAAACAACUGCAUUGGUUUGCUCGACUCCCCUUUGCCUUGUAUUAACAAGGAGGGCAUCUCGGAGGAAGGCUCUGAUUCGAGUGGUGGUGCAAUGGAGACAGCCUCGUCCGUGCCUGACAUCGACAACAUAAGACCAGUAGCACAAAAGGAGCAAGAGACGGCUUCCGAGUGCUCUUCCACGAACAGAACCGGAGUUGAGAAAUCUGAGACGAAACAGCACAAGAUCCUGCUGGUUGAGGAUAACAAGAUCAACAUCAUGGUGGCGAAAUCUAUGACGAAACAGCUGGGAUACGCCAUUGAUGUCGUCUCCAACGGAGCAGAGGCUGUGAAGGCAGUCCAAAGAAGUAGUUACCAUCUCAUUCUAAUGGAUGUGUGUAUGCCGGUGAUGGAUGGUCUUCAAGCUACAAGAUUGAUUCGAUCUUUUGAGGAAACGGGAAGUUGGGACGAGGCUGUGAAGGCCGGAGUAGAGAUGGAGGCGACGUCUCAUCAAUCUUGCUCGACUUCACAAGUAGAGGAAACAAGAAAGAGGGUUCCUAUCGUUGCAAUGACAGCGAACACAGUAUCAGAAAGCGCGGACGAAUGCUAUGCAAAUGGCAUGGACUCGUUUGUGUCGAAGCCUAUUACUUUGCAAAGCUUGAAACAAUGUCUGCAGAGAUAUUUGGUUUGAAUUUGUAGCUGUAAAUUGUAUGCAUAUUUGUACAGAAAAAAUGGUUUGAGUUAGGAAAGUUUUGAGCGGGUGAGGUUUGUAUGUGAAAAUUUGAGUGGUAUAUAUUGGAAAUUGCUGCUCUUUUGUCUAACUAUUUGGUGAUUGA